AUGUUUGAGGAAGGUAAUUUCUCAGAGAAUCCCUCUGACUCGUUUAAAGUGAUAAGUGAUGAUCUUCCGGAGACGUCAGACAUCAAUCUUGUAAAAACGGAAGCUAACGACGAACCAGAAGAAUCACGCCCAUUAGGUUGGGGAACGAGCAUUCAGGUUCCAAACGUGUUAAUUGAUAGAUUAUCAGCUCAAGAUCGUGCCAAGGCCGAGGAGUUUAUUACCAAGCUUAUCAUUCGGCACGACGAGCUCGAAAAUGAGAAACAAGAGAUUAGGCAUAGGAUCAUGGAACUAGAGAAGCGUCGCCUCGAUAUUGCUCGCGAGCUUCAUCGCCUCAAAGCCCAUCUUUCCGAUUGGAUCGAACUAGGACUUCAGGAGUACGGAAACAUGCCAGGUUGUAUUAUGAGCAUCGUUGACCUCGCAGGUCAAGGAGCAAAGUUGUUCCGUAACUCAAGACCCUUCUAGAUCUGGUU